GCAAUGGCGGCGUCGUUGCCGGAGCGGCUAUUCUCGCUGGAGGUGCUUGUGGACUGGGUGCGCCUGGAAGCCGGAGAGCUGCCGUCGUCCUCGGGGGCCGUGCAGGAGGCCUCACUGCCGCCGCCUUCAGACUCCCUCUGUCCCGCGGUGGCCUUCCGCCUCCUGGACUUCCCCACGUUACUGGUUUACCCUCCUGGAGGACCUGCCUCGGAACACCGGCCUGGGGUGGUCCGCUUCGGACGUGGCAAGGCCUGUCUCUUCCGCCUGCACCCUGCUACCCUGCACCGCUUGCUCCUAGAGACCCCUCUGUACGCGCUGCUCCUGCAGCUGCGCUCCGGCUUCCCGACCCCCGCUCCGCAGCUCCUGGGUAGCUGCAGCAUCUCGCUGGCCGACGCCGCCCAGAAGGUGCUGGGGCCCGCAGCAUCCACCUGCUCCCAGAGCCAUCGAGGAAGCUACCCCGUGCGCGACCUUAUGGGGAAGCAGAUUGGGGACUUGUCGCUGGGCUACCGCCUGGCUCAUCUGGAAAAUCACGUGCUGGGUCAUCUAGAGCGGCCAAUCAUCGCAGAAGAUGGACUGGCGGAGCAGAAGGCAGGAGAGGUUAGUUCCCAAGUCCUGCUGGAGAACCCACGGCCAAGGCAGCUAACCCCAGAUCCAAGCUCAGGAGCUGAUGGUGGCAAUCUGGUGGAUUUAAAAACUACAAAUGCACAGAAAGAUUUAAAGGAAGGAGUUAAUCACAGUGACGCCAGGGCUGAUAACAGGGAUUUUGUAGAGAAGGGCAAAAUGAAGUCUUCUGUUUGUUCAAAUGCUAGCAGUAGGAGAUGUGAUAGCCCUUUAAAUCAGGAAGAAUUGGACAUUGAAACCAACACAUUUUGCCCUCCUCCUCUGUACUACACUCAUUUUGUCCAAGAAAAGACCCCUCCUGCACUGGGUAAAAUCACUUUUGUGCCACAAGUGAAUGGGCCUGAGGAACGCAAUGGCAUUUUUCAGGAAGAAAAAUGUGCACAUCUCCCAACAUGUACUUAUGCUCAAAAGAAUGUGAAUAUUACAACAAAUGAGAACCCCCCCUCCAUUCUUAGGGAUCCUCCAACAAAUAUUCAGGAUCUAGGAGCAAGUAGUCAAAUGACAUGCCAUCCUCAAACUGAACAAACUAGAGUUAAUAUUAUAAAGCAGCUGCCUUUGUUAAAUGCUUUGUUGGUGGAGUUGUCCUUGUUAUACGCUCAGCCCAGUGCAAGCCCUACUCAUAUACAUCCUCACCUAGCCUGGUUAUAUAGGAGUGAGGAUAAGACGGCACCAGCCUCCUCUGCCAAAUCCACAUGUAAGUGUGACUCCAACAAGGAAAAACUUUCUAUAGAGGAAAAGAAACAGUCAGUAAGUCUUCAGUAUAGAAAGAAUCAAGUUGAAAAUACAAAAAAAGGAAUGUGUUUUGAAAAGACUGGUGGUAACCCCAGAAAACGAGUUCCAAAGGGGAAGCUACUUUAUGGCAUAACAAAUACACUAAAACUACGCUUAAAGCAAACAAAUCCUGAUAUGUUGGUAGUACAUGAAAAAAGAGAACAGUAUAGAAAAAUGCAAGCACAAAUGUUGGGUGCGAAACUCAGCAUCCCAUCACCCAAAGUUAAAGUAUUAAGUUUUACAGAACGUGUUCAAAAGCCACAUCAGCUACCUGAAGGUCAGUGUUUAGAUUUAGAUUCAUCAUUUGCUGAAAGUGGUAACACUUCAAAACAAAUUAGUGGGGUGUUUGAUGAUACUAGCACAGCUAAUGCAACUGGAAAACAAACAGUUGAAUAUAGCAAAUAUAGAACCAGUAGUGGUACAUUGGGGGAAAUCACUGCUGCAAAACCCAUCAUUUCAGAAAAGUUUCCUCAUGCAAUUAUGUUAGAAGGAAAUGUGGAAAUGAAAGUCCGAAGUCCAUGCAUUUUCCAACAGGAUGCAAUUAUUGACAGAAAAUUAGUAGAUAAAAAAAAAGCUAACAGACAGGUAAAAACCACAGAAAAUGGCAUUGCUGAUAGAAGUGAAAAUAAACUAAUAAAUAAAAAUAGUUGCUCUGAAAAUGUCUCAGAACUAACAUAUUCAGAUGACUUUACCAGCCCUUGUUAUUCUGAAGAUUUCUAUACCACGGAGGACACCAGCAGAAGCUUACCUGGUUGUGAUGGAAGCCAAGAAAAUGCCAAACAUCAUACAAGUAAGUCUAGUGAAGCAACAUCAUCUAUGAGGAAAAAUAGCAGUGAAAAAAGUUCUAUUCUUAGUCCACCUUUUUCAGCUGGAUUACCAGUGCACUCAAGUAAAAGAUCUCAUGCUUCAAAGACUCAGAAAAGUUUAGAGGAAGCAUCUAGUAUCUCUACCAGUGACUCGUCUUCAUUACAUUGGCCUGAGGAAAAAGAAAAGAAGAUAGACCUAUAUGGUAUGCAUAAUUCUAAAGUUGUAAAGAGGAAUCAAGACAUUUCUAUUAAACUUAAAACAAAAACUGGUUGCAAGUCUUUAGAAAAAAGUCAGUCCCCAAGGACAUCUCAAGUUAGUUCUUACCUGCCAUCUAAUUUGUCAGAAUUGGAACUUAGUGCUGUGGAUAGCAGUACGUCAGAUCAGUUUGAAGAAAACAGUGAUGAAGUUGGUUCACUUCAUAUUUCCAAGCAAUGCAAAGAUAUUUGUGAAUUAGUGAUAAAUAAACUUCCAGGAUAUACGGUUUAA